ACACGGAUCAUGGAUUUGUGAUGAACUGUUUACAAUUUUGAAUUUACAAUCUUGUGCCCGCUUUAUAGGGUUGAAUUUAUGCGGUCAAUAUUUCAUUCAAAUGAAUCCUUUUGUAACUUAGCAAAACUCUGUUGAAAAGGAAACUAAUGCAAACAAUUUAUCUCGUUCCAUCGAGAGGGAUGCAAUUGUAGAAAAAGAAAUCACUGGAGUCCCAGCUUCUCAAUAUCAGCCAUUUAACGAAACGUGUGUCUCGUCUUUGGAGUACAAUUCAGUGAUCAUGAAAACUUGAAAUAACGGCAUUGACAUUACUUUAUCCUUAUGACAUAGAUGCAGCGUUGCAGAUAUGGACUAAGUUAGCUCUUUCCACAUUGAUUGUUAAUACCUACCGGUAGUUCAUUGUAAGAAGGGUUUUGAUAGCGUUAAAUUUUUUUGCUUCGUUUCUCAAGUGAGCUUAUCACCAAAUGUGUCUUUAGUCCCAAUAUUGAAUAAAUCUAUUCUGAAUAUGAACGAAAUUAUUGUUUGCUAGCAAUCUAGGUUUGCGAAGUAUAUGAAUUUUGUAUUUUUGAGAGAUUUUUCAAAAACAGUAACAAGUUUAAUAAUUCUGUUACAAGCUAUGAUUUUUUGCUUUCUCUAUAGACAACCCAACCCCUGUAUAAAAUAUUCCUCAACUUAAACUCCGUUUGAUAGGAUAGCCCCCACUGUUCUAAUGUACAAUUGAUCAUAAAAUAGUGCUUUUUAAAUGAUUACAGGUUUUGAAUUAGUAGCUUUAUAGGGUUAGGUUUUAUUAUUAAAUCAUUCUAUAUUUUAAACACAAGAAUGAACCCUUUGCCCGGCCUACAGAGGCCUAUCCGCAAAGCAACGGAAAAGAUUUUUACCCAAGGACAAAGAUGUUAUACAGAACAAGCUUUUAAAAAACAAACAACACAGAGGCAAAAACUAGUUACUGUCGCAACUGCUGCAGCUGUAUCAGGAAUCGGGAUUUAUGCUUAUCGAAAAACACAGACAAAUCCUAUGAUUUUACAUGCUGGGGUGGAAAAACAAGCGUCAACUCUGCAUGAUGAUCAUAUUCUUGUAAGGCCUGUUCAUAACAAAAAUGGUUUGUUGUUCAUGAACACUUUAGCGUUUUGUGAAGAACUACAGGUAGCUAAAGAUUCGGAUAGCGGCGAUCCUGAUAACCAAAUUGAAACUGAAGCGAAACGAAAAAGAGUUGGAUUUAAGGAUCGCAAAUUCAUCGAGUAUGAGAAUCGAAUCCGAGCUUAUUCAACGCCCGAUAAAAUCUUCAGAUAUUUUGCGACUUAUAAAGUUAUUCACGAAAACAAUGAUGUGGAAAUAUUUAUGACACCUGACGAUUUUUUGAGAUCAAUAACGCCGGGUGAAAAACAGCCAGAGAAUUUGGGAUUGGAUCAGUUCAAAGUAAUAAAGGCUGAAUCGCUUUCAAAGUUGAAGUUCAAAAGCUCCUUUGAAUUAUCAGACGACAGUAUAUUCCGGGCUCUGGGUGAAUGUGGACUCAUUAAUUUCAGUGAUUAUAUAUUUUUACUCACGGUUUUAGCAACUCCUGCUCGUAAUUUUGAGAUUGCUUUUCGAAUGUUUGAUUUGAACGGUGACGGUGAAGUUGAUGUCAAUGAAUUUCAACAAGUUACAAACAGUGCAAGAUCCCAAACCUCUAUGGGAAUGAGACACAGAGAUCAUAAAAAUACUGGAAAUGUUGUAAAAUCAUUUAAAGACUCAAAUUCAGCAAUAUCGUCGUAUUUUUUCGGAACUGAAUCUGAUCAAAAACAGAAAUUAACUGUCAAAAAAUUUAUCGAGUUUCAACUGAAAUUACAGGAAGACAUCUUACGACUGGAAUUCAAUAAAUUCAGCCCUAAUUCAGACGAUAAAAUAAGUGAAAAUGGAUUUGCUAAAUUAUUGUUGACGUAUUCUGGACUCAAUCCUAAGAAGAGAAAAGGAAUUUUGAAGAGAAUUCGUAAAGAAUUUGUGGAUGAUGAAGGAAUAUCAUUCAAAGAUAUGCAGUCGUUCUUCUUAUUUUUAAAACAUAUUCAAGACAUCGACAUUGCUUUUGACUACUACCAUGCUGUGGGUGCAGACAUUGAUAAGGCCACUAUGAAACAGAUUUUCAUUUCUGUUCGUAGUGUGUUUGGAGAGGUGGCGAGGACAGUUGCUGAGGAAGAAUUAUCGGAUCAUUUAGUUGAUGUUGUCUUUACGGUCUUUGAUGAGGACGGCAAUGGAACUCUCAGCAACAAAGAAUUCGUCGCUUUGAUGAAGCAAAGGUUAAAUCGAGGUUUAGAGAAACCUAAAGACACUGGACUAUGGAGGGUCCUUGAUGCAGCUUGGAAAUGCGCUAAAGAAACUUCUUGGAAGGCUCCGAAAGAUGAAUAAGAUUUUUAUUUUAGCGUUGUCAUGGCAGAGAUUUUUAUUCUAGCGUCGUUAUGGUAGUAAAUGUUCUCAAUUUGGCAUCAAUUGUUUGGAGGAUCAUUGUUUGGUAAAAAAAAUUAGUUUUACUUCAGCUACCGGACCAAUUGCAAAUAGAAUAUCCUUCUGCUUCUAAUUUUGGCCCCAGGUCAAUCAACUUUAGAAACCACUGUUCAAGAUACUUUAAUUCCUUGCUUCAAAGUCAAUAGUAUUCAAUUUAUGUUCCAUUGUUUAGUGGUGCAAAGCUGAGUUUAUACAUAGGGAUUCAUGGUAAAAUUGGUGAUACCGUAGUGUGUGUACCAGGUUAGGGUUGGGCCAUAAUUUUAUUUCGAUUUUCCUUAUUUUAUUAGUUUUAUUACGAGUUCAGGUUUACUUAGCCAAUUGAAUAUACCACCUGCCCAUAGGUUUUAGUCUCUUCAUACAACUUGAUGUGAAGUAGGCGAACGAAAUUGGUUACCUCCAUAUUCGUACACACACUUCUGGAGCGCCAAAUUUGUUAUUCACUUUAGGCUUUGCAUAACCGGGCUACAACCCUGGUUGGCAACCCUGAGAUCAUGCCAAUCAUGCUAAAAUUUAGAAUGCUUCCGAAAUUUUUUUAAAAUACAUGAGGAACUUACAAGUGUCAAAUAUUGCUGUAAAAAUUUUCUUCCAAAACUGAAGCCAAGUUAUGCUUUGUAUGUUGCUGGAAGUCUUGUCCUAUUCAAUUUUUUUUUUAUUUGAAAAUUAUAUUUCAGACUGAUCGCAUUAAACCAAGGAAUGUCCCAAAUGUAUAGCAUAUAUUUAUUAUUCAUCAUUAUGAUACACGGAUUUUUACAAAAUUUCCAAUUUUUUUUCCCCAAAUAAUCUACUUUAUAAAGACAGAAGACGAUAUUCAAGCUGAAUGAAUAUCGGGAAUCGAUUUUGCUAUUAUUUUAUCGAUGCAUGAUUUUACUGACCUGCGGAUGUGUUUGAUUCACCAAUCAGGAUAUUUGCUGUUACUUAAGCAGGUUAAAACCAGGUCUCUGAUAAGCAGGGCAGCAAUCGGCUGCUUAAAAAAAAAUCUAUUCUGACUCUUGGCUGUAUAAAAUUUUGACUAUUGUCUUCAGAUCCAAACUAUAAAAAAAUUAAAUUUUAAUGACAAGAAAUUUGCAAACCGUUUUUGUUAUAAUCGCUCAGUAGAGUUGAUGCUUUUCGAGUUCUUGUAGCAAAUUACUGCUUUUAUUAAAUGUCUAAAACAGGAAUUUUUGAACCCACCUGAGACACUACAUCCCUGCUAAUAAUCGUGGUAUACCGCUGGUAUAUGUACGCUUUCUUAUACCUGAUGUACUCGAGAACCUAUUGUAUAGGGUGUCCAUAAAGUCUAUUUACAAUAUCAAUUUUGUUAUGAAGUCAGUUUUCAAUAUAUUGUAACCAGGUUUGUUGUUUUUUAAUCAGUAAUUGUUUGAGUGUUUUUACUUCAUUUGAUACAUUUGUGAGGGCAAACAACAUAUGGUAUGGGUAAUUCCCCUUGCAAUUUUCAAAAAUUUUAAGACUUCAUGGACACCCUAUAUAACCCUAGCCCUAUUCAGAAUGAAUGCUUUUACCCCCUUACCUAUAUAUAUAUAUAUUAGAGGUAACCAUAGUUUUUAUUUAAAAUUUAUUCUUGAAAUCUGUAUUGUUGUCUCACUUUGUUUGUGUUUUAGAUUAAUCAUUUGCACGAUAUUUCAUUGUAUAUUCUGUACCAUGUUAUGAAAUAUAGUAUUGAAAUAUUAUGACAAUCGUUCGUUAGA